CGACACUUCUGUCAACAAUAACCAGUUGCUAUGAGACGGAGUUUGUACGUUUCUGCCGCCACGUUCUCUUGUUUUCAUUGUUGUGUUCUUCUUGCUAUAAUGACCGAGCAGUCAACCGCUUUCAACCAAAGUGAAGCUGGAAAACUUGAGCAGCACAGCAUUAAAAAGAGAUCUGAUGCUGCUCCUGACACAGACGACUGGAGAUGGAUCCAGAAACAUGGGCACAAAGGGAUUCUCACAACAGACCAAGAGUCCAAAAUGGAAACUCUCACAAUGACAAGAGCAGCUCAUGUUGCUCCAAAGAGUCCCGGAGUGAGACUGUGUGGCAUCAGAAGAGAACGUUUGGAAAAGCAAAUAUACCAGAUGAUAAGUGAGAGAGUUCAUGCUGAACGGAACCAACCGACACCCAAACCGGACUACGUCACCACAACCCAAAGAGAUUUCUGUGUCCAAGGAUUUAUACCCCACAGGCCGGAGACAACAGAGACUCAUGAUUAUAAAAAUGACCAGGCUAUUACAUUUUGGAGUGAGAAUUAUCAGCGGGUGCAGGGUGUGACGGCUGUCCGCAACGUAAAGACACCCUUCAGGAAAUCAGCCCAGUUCAGCACACCCAUCAGUGAACGACUGGAUGAAAUUGAGCUCCCACCUGACAACUGAGCAUUAUUACAGCUCUUCAUUACUCGCUUUUAUUACAUAGGAAAUCUUCUUGAUGGAUUAGCUUUUAAACAUGUCUCAUAUCUGUGCACCGACCAACACGUUGGAACAAACAAAAUGUUCUGUUUUAAAGAAGCCACAUUAAACAAUAUGCAGGAAAUUUAUGCAAAAUUGUCUUGUGAAUAAACAAGUUUAAUUAGCCUUUA